UUUUGUCAAAAGCGAUGACCAUUACACCAGCCACAUUCACUUUGACAGCAGCUGCUCGUAGACGUUUUGUUGUGUAUUUUUUAGUUGAUUACCAUCGGCAUUUUCCGUAACAAUUGGCACCGACAGAAUGAGUGAAACCGACGGGAUCCACAUAGAAUACGCAGACGAACAAGAAUUGAUUCGAGAAUUUCGCCGGUUUAUGAGUGAUCCUGAAACAAGAGAAAAGGCUGCCAAUUAUCUUUACGAAUCGCUGGUGGAUGAAACCAUCCUAGGGAUCGCGUACGAAGUGCACCAUGCCUUCAAGACGGGCUCCGGUGCAGCAGUGGAAGGCGAACCAGAGGACAGCAAACCGUACACGAUCGUCGAUCAACCGGAUAUGGACGUGUUCGGGUCGUCCAACACUAAAAAAGCUAUAGACUGCCACUGUCCGAACUGCAAUCGUAUUGUAGCCGCGUCCAGAUUUGCACCCCAUCUGGAAAAGUGCAUGGGCAUGGGAAGAAACUCAUCACGCAUUGCGAGUAGACGUAUAGCGAAUACGCGUGACGUUGGUACCGGCAAUUAUUUCGGUGGCGACGAGGAUGACGAAGACGAUGCGGAUUGGUCCGGUGAGAAGAGGAAAAAGAAGAUCUCUCAAGUGCGUACUAAUGGGAGUAAGAAAAAUGGCAAAACCUCAUGAAAGUAGGUGCACGUAUGGGGUUGAUAAUGGUAGUGCUUCUGAGCAUCUGCGUGCUGACCACAUACAUGCGCGAUGUUAUGGACUGAAUGGACGGCAAACAGGCAACCCCUUACGGAUGAAAGCGAAUGUGGGAUGCAUUCCAAGCUUGAGUAUUUGAACACAACCAACGGAACUAUUGUAAACCCUCGUGUAAACUAAAAUGUUCGGUUGAAUCUCACCAUAACGUUGUACUUGCACUUUGCCAAGGUAGCAAUUAUUGCCAAAAACAACCUUCACCUAAACCAAGCCACAUAUAUUUGGGAAGGAAUAUAUGCAAAUGUUGUAAUAUGUUAUGUGAAAACCCGUAUAUCCUAUGAACGGCAGGUGCAAAUGAAUUGAACAUAGCUUCCAAUUUUCUGUAUAUCUUUACUACACACACCUAGGCUAGCCAAAAUAAAUAAAUAAUGUGAAAUGAUAUCCACAUA